AACCGUCAACGGCACCAGGAACCACUCUACGCUCACACUCUUUUCCGCCCGGACUUUAUACGAGUAGGACUGCUUAGCGAUCGUGUUUCUUUGCUAAAUAAUGGCUCUGAAGUGCUUUCCCGGAGUUUUUGCAGGAACAAAUAAUCCGCGAAAAUACAAAAUAAGAUAUUGAAAAUUAUGUUAAUUUGCCGAAUAUAUACAUGUUAACUCAAACAAUUAUUUACAUUUUGUUAAGUUUUGAUUUUCGAUUACUUAUCCUUCUGAACCUCAACUGUGCUAACGCGCUAUUAAAAUCAAACGUUAGGAACGUUACUGUCCUUCAGGUUGAUGGCUGACCUCAGUUCUGCCAGUCUGUCUGGUCUCACAUCAUUUGUCUCUACGUUACUUCCACCUGGUUUUGCCGUGGGACCAUCACAGCUAUGUGAGUACAGGCUGGGACUGUGGUGGGUCGGACGCUCACUUGAGGCAGGAUUCACACUGAGCAGAGACACAGAGUGGGCAUGGAGGAAUCAAGUGGAUUCAGUGACUCCAAAGUGUGAACUUUUAAUGAACACUGAAUUCAAAACGAGUCGAAGGGAGAAAGAUAAGGAACUGAUUGAGACUGAUCUAGGCAAGAAGACUCUACUGCAAAAAGCUGUUUUGACCAACUUUGCAUGUCAGACGCCAUGCAGAGCUCAGCAGAAUGUUGUAGUGCAGUGUGCGUGUGGAGAAGAGUGUGUGGCCGAGUGUGUGGAUGUGUGUCUGCGUGUGUGUCAAGACAUCCAACCUGGAACAGAGCUUGUGUUCUACAACUACCCUGUGGCAAAAAGGAAAACAACAGAGAGAAGUGACACACAGGAAACAGAUCAGCAUGUAGGAGAUGGUAAACUCCAGGAGAGCUCUCUUAACAAGGAAUCUGUUGAAGACAAAGAUGUGGCAGAAAAGACACAUGAAAGGAAAAAUCAAGAGGAGGAGGAAGAGGAGCAGAGUUGCCCUGAAAUGAACAUAAAGAGGAGUCGCUCACACCAAAGCAAAAAGACGAAAAAUAUAGAAACAUUUCUAUUGCAGGUGAUGAAGGACAAUGACAGACAACAGGACAGUUACACUGAUGAUGGGACAGAGAAGAGAGCCAUAACAGACAAAAAUGAAAUUGUGGUGCCGUCGUCUGUGGACACACCAGCUAACUCCGAAGGCCCUUCUGCAACCCCCCACGUCCGCUGUAGUUCACGUCUGGCUGCAAAACCUCGACUAGUUCACUGUGUGACAAAUCGGGUGAAGCAGCAUCCUUUUCUCACCAUCCAGUCCCAACAAACAGAGGGUCAAGAGAAGGAAGUGCUUUUAAAACCAGUGCACUGUAAUGCACAGGUUACCACAGCAGCAGCGACAUGGAAGCCAGGGAGCAGAGAGAGACGGUACAGAUGUUCCAGCUGUGGAAAAAAGUUCUACCAACUGGUUCAUUUAAAGAAACACCAGUUUAGCCACACAGAGAAGAAACCUUUCACCUGCACAGAGUGUGGAAAGAGCUACACCUCUACAGAGAGCUUUAGAGCUCACCAGAUGGGUCACCGAGGAGAACGCCCGUUCUCUUGUCCUCACUGUGAGAAGAGCUACGGGCUGAAGCGGGACUUGAAGGAGCACAUGGUCCUUCAUACCGGUGAAAGACCUUACACCUGUGAGCACUGUGGCAAAGCAUUUGCUCGCCGUCCCUCCCUGCGCAUUCACCGCCAGCUUCACUGCAGUAGGAUGGUUUACACACAGCUUCCAAAGGUGCAGUGCACACUUUGCCCAAAGCUGCUGGCAAAUUCCAGCUCUCUAAGGAAUCACAUGAAGCUUCACACUGGGGAAAAACCUCAUAUCUGUCAACACUGUGGGAAAUGCUUUAGCCAAAAAGGAAACCUAGAGUGCCAUCUGAGAAUCCACAGUGGAGAGAAACCAUACCCUUGCCCCCAGUGCAACCAGAGUUUCUCCCAGAAGCAAGAAUUACGUCGGCAUAUGAUUUCCCACACGGGUGGAGGUUUCCUCUGCAGCCACUGUGGAAAAUCACUGAGGGACCCACACAGCUUGAAGUCCCACGAAAGACUGCACACAGGAGAAAGACCCCAUCACUGCCCUAUUUGUGGAAAAGGUUACACUUUGGCCACCAAGCUUAGGAGACACAUUAAGUCCUCUCACACGAUGGAGAAACCAUACAGCUGCCACUGUGGUGCAUCAUAUACUGCCAGACAAAGUCUACUACGACACCAGGCUCAGCAUGGGAAAGAGAGUGGAACUCUGGAAGAACUAAUGGAAGAUGAUGGAGGAGAGAACAAAGAUGCUGUUUUCAGCCCAAGUCACUCAAAGCCAGUCAGGGGCAGACCCAAGAAGAAUUCCCCACAACGAAGUGCACCACCAGAGGAGGGCAGUCAAGUGAAGGAGAGGCAGGAGGAAAGAAAAGGAAAGGAAACAGACGAUCAGACUGCAGGGGCAGGCGAUGAGGAAUCAUCUGACAAGAUGCAGCAUGCUGUUGUCUACAUGCACACGGACAAUCUGUCCGCACCAACAUCUACAUCCUUACUUCUUACUCCUGAAAGCUCAGAGAAUCCCACAGGGACAGGGCUGGUGGAAGUGGUAAUAUCGGAUGACACAGAGCAGUGCAUCGUGGUCCAUCCACAGCAGGCAGUGGAAGAGCUGGUUAUUUUGCAAGAAGAAGGAAGUGGACUCUGCUCAGUGGCUCAGACUGUUGAGAUAAAUUCUUUAUAGUUAGUUUAAUAUCAAGUCAGGUUUUGGCCAUUCAGUACUGCUAUUGCUUAUGAUGAAAAGAAAAUUAUAAAUAUUAAAAAGAUUCAACUCAUAUUUAUUUUUGUCAAUUUCUCACAUUUAAAGGUCAAUUAUUCCUACUGUGCAAUUUAUCUUGCUGCUGAGUUUGAGAUGACAUUCACUUUUAAUCUUUUUCUCUCUCAUUGGUCGAACAGGCUGUUGUAUAUAAUUAUAUGUGUAAGAACACCAACCAUCCUUAUGAGAAGCUGGUGCUGGAGGUGAGAUGGCAUCAGUGAUUGACAGUCUGUGGGAGGUAUCUUUAGUCUCUAAUCCAGGUUCAGGUGUUGGUGUACUGAAGCUUUUUUAAUCUAUAAAAGCAGCAUGUUUUUAGACACAAUAUUUUGUAAAUAUAUAAUGUUCAAAACAAACAGUGUAAAAACAAACCUGUAUUUCCAGUCUUUUUGCAUAAUUUCACAUUUUGGAAUUAAAAUAAAUACCGAUGGUAGAAUCAGGCAGUCCUACAGCUAAAAGAGAGUCUUUAAGGCAAUGUUUUAAUGAUCCUGCUUUGGCUGUAGCUGUUCUCCCAGGAGGGUUUGAACUGAAGAGUUUAUACUAGGACAUGUGAGAGACAAACUCAAGAGAAGAUCUGUAAUUAUAACUAAAUU